AAGCUUAGGGCUUAGCUCCGCCCCGCUCGGCCUGGGUGGCAGCGAUGGCCCUGGUCCCCAGGCUCUCGGCCCUGUGUGCAGCUGGCACGCGCGUGUCUCCGCGUGCCUGCCCGUGUGUGUUCGCGCGUGUGAGUGAGAUGAAGUGGAGUCCUACGCCUGGGUGUUUCCUUCCAAGUGAUUUUGAUCAGCAGUCCAUUGGGGAUCAUGGGGAAAAAAAUCUGUCUAAAAGGAUGAAAGCUGAGUAAGUACACAGAACUUUGAACUUGAAACGGAAUGAGACCAAAAGCAAGUAAAGCCCUGACAGCAACCACGUACAUCCAAACUGCUAUUCCUUUUUAUGCUAAAAACCGUGAAUGCUAAGAGCAAAGUGGAAAUUUAAAACUGAGCGAAAGGAAGUAGUUCUGAAACGUAAAAGACUGAGAGUAGGGCGACUUUAAAACCGGACGGAAAGUGAGGAACUGCUAGGGCAACCUGGCGGGCGACCAGCUGUGCAACAGGCACUUCGCGUUUAAUCUGCUGCGUCUUCGGGGCUGUUUUCUAACUCCAGAUCGGCUUGGCUGUGCUUUCUCUUUGCCCCAUAGAGGAGACAAACUGAACUCUCGAAUUUAAGAAUGUUGUGGAAGUAAGACAUUACCGGAUGGAACUCUUGGCAGCUGGAGAUGCAUUCGGCUGAUUUCUUACAACUAUCUUUAUUUUGACAUCAUUUUUCAAAAAAAAAAGAAAAAGAAAAGAAAAAAGCAGGUCAGUCUCCUUUUACUGUCCUUCACUGAAGGGAUCUUGUUAAGCACCGCUGACCGCUGGGUCUCACGAAUCUUUGGCAUGAACCUUCAGAAAGUUCUCAAGUGGAGAUGGGGCGAACUUGAUUGGAGUUGUGCAAGAAGAAGACAGAUGUGUAUGUUUUUCAUGCUGACCACGUGGCCAGGAGCCAAGUGAAGCUGGACUGGUCAUGGUCUGUCGACCGGGGUUCCUUUGUCGCCGGCGAUUUUGCCCCCGACCUUUCCUGGUGGGUUUGGUGGUGGCAAUCUGUCUCUUUUACCAGACGCUAACACUCCGAGGGACUAAGAAGCAAGCUGCGGAGGUCUCUAGGACUGUCCCACACACAUCCUCUCACACUCAGGCUAGCAGAUGCCAGAAAGGGUACCCGCAGGACAGAAGGUGCUUCCUUCUCUCUGGGAACGCCCAGGAAAUCAGAAAGAUUGAAGACUCGAUUGAGACAUACUUCGGCAGUCACGGCAGAAGGGCCAUCCUCCACAGACCUCCUUCCUAUAGGAGAGCACAGCUUCAGGCUCACCAGCACCUCCUUGCCCAGCACGGCUACCAUGUUGUCACUGUUGAAGGAAGACUUGGAGGUGGUCUAGGCCCGGAGCUGUCGGAUCAAGGUGAUCUGAACUCCUGGGAUCUGUUCAUUUGCCUGCCUUCCCUGAAAGCUGAUGGAAUGCCUUGUAUAUCCAAGGAACGCAUGUGUCACUUAAGUCCACAUCAGAAGGUAAAUGUAUUACCAGAAAUACAGCUUCAGCUUUGCAGAAAAGAGGGCUUGUGCGAAAUGAUCAGAAGAUUUCCAGAAUUGCGACUUCCAGUGAGUCCCUCUGUGUGCCAGGGUCAGGGGACCCAGUCACAGCCCAGUGCUUCCAGUCACCUCUCAAAAGCAGCAAAGCCACUUUCGUGGAAACCAUGGGACUGGCAACGCCAACAGCUGAAUCAAACUACAGUCCUUGCUCCACGUGCAGCAAUCUUCAGAGCAGAAGAGCUAUCUGUGGUUCUUAAAGCCUAUGUGUUGGUGACCUCCUUAAGGCCUUUGAGAGCGUUUAUUCAUUCAACCGGCACAGUGUGGAGCCCACCAAAGAAGAGACGUUUUACUGUCAAGUUGCAGAAGUUUUUCGAGACAUUCCUGAGGACCAGUUCACCUCUGCAGGCUUUGGACAGCUUGAAGGAAGUGAUCAGCAAGCUCCUGUUGGUGGCUGAGAUGUUCAGUGACACUUCCACUCUGGGACCAAAGACCUUCCAUAGAUGUAGACAGUGUUUUCAGCUUCUAACGUUUGAUAUUGGUUAUGGAGAUUUGGGAUAUCCUGUGGUACUCCAGGUUAAUGAGCAUUUCAAGUUUCAAGAGGAUGCAAAUUUCAGUUUGGAGGACCAAAAUUCAGAACAAAUUAUUUUAAAUGACACUUUCAAUUUCCUCUUCUCCAAUGCAUCUUCACUUUCCAUAUUUUCUGAGAUAUUGCAGAGAACUUAUAGACCAGGCACAUUUCAGGAUGGAAACUAUCAGAAGGAGUUAAAUCAGUGCCUGUCGCUAGAGGAAAUUCACUCCAUUAGCAUGUUUGCAAAGGAACUCGGAAGUCUGGGACAAUUCCAACUGCUCUUCCCUUCCACCAUCCCUGGGAUCCAGGCUCUGAUGCAUGAGUUUUAUGAAAUGACAACUGGCUCAGUCCUGUCCCAAUACUGGUCUCUCUUAAACGCAUUCGAACGAAUUUGGCUCAUGAAUAAAAAGGCACAGCUACAUCCGCUGGAAUGGAAUUCUUCAACAAGAAAUGAGACCAUUGAGAAACCACAGGAGUCAUUGGAAGCAAUCAAAAGUAAAAAAGAUACAGCUCCACAAGUUUUGUAUGAAGAUAAAGACAUAAGUUGCAGUAACGAGGAAGACGCACUCUGUCGUAUCAAGAAGAUCUUCACUCGUCCCCAUUUAGAAUUAAGUCCAGAGUUUAAUCCGAAGAUCAGAGAGUAUUACUGUGAGGUGCCAUUUGAUGUGCUCACAGUGAGGAUCGGAGCGGAGACCUCCAAGUGUCAGUGCAGGGUGCACCUGCAAGAGCCGGCAGGGCCAAGUUUUGCCAACUAUCCUCUGGGAUUAGGAAUAAACAGAAUCUCCAUGCUGGUGGUGGAUGAAUCUCCAGCAGAGGGUGACGGCCUGACCACAUAUAAACUCACCAUCUAUAGAGAAGACCGCCCGAGCCUGCCCUUCUUUGAGGACUUCACUGCAUGUGGCUUUGUACAAGAUUGCGGUUUAUUGAUUCACCCAGAAGAAACCUGUGGGUUGCAGCCUAUUUCUUCAGACUACAUUGAAGCCAUUUCCCAGCCUGAAAUAAAGAGUUGUCCAUCUGGGGACACUAAAGGCCAGUGGAUUGUGCCUUGCCUUAGUUGUUCAGACAACAGGACCUGUGACUGGAGAGAAAUAACCUGGCAACCACACAACUGCCAACAUGACACCCUAACCAAGCCUGAGCUUCAAAAGUGCCUGCAAGGAAGGAAGAUUCUCUUCAUUGGGGAUUCCACCAACAGGGGGAUGAUGUACUAUCUCAUCGAGAGGCUGAACGAAACCCUGCAGAAGUGGCAGAAGGUGCACGGCACUAAGCUCUACCCCAGCGUCAACAGUGGGAAGACUCCGAUCAGUUACUCCUACUACCCCCAGUUCUGGAUAAGCCCUUCAGUGAGACCAACGUUCGAGAAAGCGCUUCAACAUCUCUUGCAAAGAUCUCAUCCCGUAGAGAAUAGUGACCAGACGGUGUUGGUUGUUGGUGGUGUUCAGUGGCUUAAUUCCAAUCACCUGCAAAUUAUUCACAAGGUUUUAAAGAGGGAAAAUUUGCUCAACAUCCUAGUAGUCAUCAAAACUUUGGGAAUUGGAUUUCACCUGCCAGUGGACGGAGUGCAUUUCUUGACACAGAAUGAAGUGCGGAACUUACAUAAAGAAAACAUGAGCAUUCUGGAAGCUGCCAAAAAGUAUGGUUAUGAAGUAGUGGACACAUUCACAAUCACGAUGGGACGACACAAAGAAUUCCUGCAGGGCAGCUGCGGAUGCCAUUUCCAUGAGGUAGUGAAAUCAAAGUUAUCCAGAGAGCACCAUAUUAUCAAGAUGAAAAGAUCCGAGAACCAUGUUGUGGGGAAAUACUUCAGCAGGCAAAGCAAACUGCAACGCCAAAACUCUGCCCCAAAUGUUCAUUCACCGUAUCAUGUCAGAGGUCCAAUAAAUCAGGUCUGUUCUGAGAUCCUGCUCAGCAGGAUGUGUGCGAGCCAGAGGUCUGCGCGCACUCCCUGAAGGAGAGCUGACUUCGGAGUUAGCGACAAGCGGUUCACCUGGAUGACGGUCUGAGAACCAAAUGUGCCUCACACCUACUUUGCAAUGACUGUUCACUCACCAGUGCAAGCAUGCAUAGCAAAGCACACAGCCUAUGAAAAAGCAAUGA